AUGUUCGAAAACGAUUUAUGGGAGAGUGAUAAUACCGAGAAUUCAUUUGAUUUUCAUUUUUCCACGCUGGCCAUGUCCUUCGAGGCUGAAAAUAACAACGCAACCGAUGGAUUACGAGGAUCCGAGUCGUCGUGCGAGCCACCUCAAAAUCACCAAUUGCAACAUGAUCAGUACGAUCGUGAGUACCUGCAGCCACAGCAGCUCCAACGUGACUACGAGGGGCUUCAACUUCCUCAAGUAGACUUCCAACGUCAGCACGACGUUCAGAUACGAGAAUACGAAAGAGAACAGAGCUCAAUUUACCAAAUUCGUGCCCCUCAGAGAGAGUCGUUAUUCCAGCGGCGUGAACGUGAACGAGACUCGUUUCAAUUGCAUCACCAGCCGGAGAGAUCUGAAUCACGGAUCGAUCAGUACCGGGAUAAGCUUCACCAACCGCUCAAAACUCUGGGAAGUCUUUUGCUGGAUGUACCAACUCCCACGGUACCCUUUCAUCCUCACAAAGACACGUCUUAUGAUCAGACUGACUCAAAUCUUGAAGAAGACAUGUCUAUUUCCGACUUGUUUGGACUCGGAUUACCCAGAGGAUCGUUGAUGGGCAGCCAAUCGUCAAUAAACUCGCCGGGAUAUCGACGUCACCAGCAACAGCAAACUCAAAAUCAUGGACAGAGUAAUGUCUCACGGCCUUACAAUAAAUAUCAGAACUUCGAGGAAGAUCGUGGAUAUUUUACAUCAUCUCCGAGUAUCGACAUGCCGGGGACACCAAAUUCAGUGGCAACUCCUGGGAGUCCAGGUACUCCAAGCAGUCUGUACUCGAGUGCUUACAGUUAUUCAACAAGUGGUACCGGCAGUUCGCAGUUGACAUCAUCGCCUGCGUCAGCACGUUCGGGCUACCAGUCCUAUGUCGGCUCCCCUACGUCGUCAAUUAACUCGCCGCCUUACUACGGAAGACCUAUUCGUGGAUCUUCACCGUACAGCGACUGUAGUAGUCCUUCGAUGGAGUACCCACCUGUAAUCAGCUGCAAUGGAUCACGAUCUACCUCACCGUCAGACUCAGAUCUCAGCGGUAUCAACAGUAUGGAAGGCUCGCUGUCAGACAUAAUGGCUUGUUUGUCAUUAAACUCACCUGUCACACACACGUGUCACUCACACGGCUCAGUUAACUCUGACUUCGCUGAUAUUUGUCCGAAUAACCGCGCUGCUGCUCUCCAAUGCAUGGCGAUGAAGAAGUAUCUUGCUUCUACGCAUCAUGACCAAUCGUUUCGUCAUCACCACUGCUGCAAUAGCAAUGGCAACCACAUGGCCCCCGUCAGUUCAUCCGUUGGACUCAACGAGCCGUACAUUUCUUUGGAUCGCGCUGCCAGAAUUCACCGCAGCGCUGCGUCUCUUCACAAGGCGACCCACACUUGGAGCGGCACUCUUCCUGUGCGUACGUUGAAGCCCACUGGCUUCUCAUCGAAAGUCUUCCUCGGGGGGCUACCUUGGGACGUCACCGAGUCCACUUUGAUCGCGACGUUCAAGCACAUCGGCCCGAUAAAAGUAGAGUGGCCGAAAAAAGAUCAUCCCAAUGCACCUGACCCCAAAGGAUUUGGGUACAUUAUUUUUGAGUCGGAGAAAGAAGUAAGAACUCUGCUGUCCUGCUGUGUCCCUUGUUUUAACAACAAGAAUCGGUUACUUUAUAAAGUAUCCUCGAAGCGCAUCAAAGGUAAAGAUGUCCAGGUGAUUCCGUGGGCUCUGAAUGACAGCAACUACUCGAAAUCGUCCUCACAGAAAUUGGAUCCGGGGAAAACUGUAUUUGUUGGUAUCGACACGGAUAAACACAAGUAUCCAAUUGGAUCAGCUCGUCUUACGUUUAGUAGCAAACGUUCGUACAGAAAAGCCGUCGCUGCAGCUUUCAUUGAAAUAAAGACGGCUAAAUUUUCAAAAGUCGUCCAAAUUGAUCCGUAUCUUGAAGACUCUGUUUGCUCUGUCUGUUACGUGCAACAAGGACCUUACUUCUGUCGCGAACAGGUCUGCUUCAGAUACUUCUGUCGUAACUGCUGGCUCUGGCAGCACUCGAUGGAUCCGAUGCGUUUGCACAAACCCUUGACACGCAUCUCAAAGACAAAUCAAGUUGUAGGACUGACUCCCGGCUUAGGAAUGCUCCCAGCGUCUCGUACAUCUGGUUCCGUUAUUUAA